AUGGGGCACCUCCCUCAACAACCUCCUAGCAGCACAACAUGGGGCGGGCCCGCCUCCUUCGGCCGGCCUACUAGGGGCGUCGGUGUACGGGCCUCCAGGGUGGAGGCCGCCUCCCUGGUUGGCUCGUGCCAGAGUCACACGUGGCCCUUCCAUGGCUGGCAGCGAUGCACCUUCACGCCCGUCGCCCCCUUCUGUUCUUUCUGCUUCCGCACCAAACUCAGCACCAGCAGGAGAGGGGGAGGGGAGAGAGAGGGAGGGGGGCAGAGUGGGAGAAGGGGAGCAAUGCCGAUCGUGUCCGAGGGCGGGCGGCGGGGGGACAGCGGGAGCUCCGGCUUCGGCCGCCGGGGCCAGCGCUCCGGGCCGGCUGCGGGCGGCGGCGGGUCGUUUUCGUCGUCGUCGGUUGUGCUGGGCAGCGACAGCAGGGCGGCGGUGCUGCAGUGCGACGAGAUGGAGGAGAGCGACGGGGAGGUGCAGAGCUCCAUCAGAGGGCCGCUCGACACCUUGGACGCGCUACAGGAAGCACUGCCCAAGAACAGGAAAAGAUUACCCAAAUUCUACAAUGGCAAGUCGAGUUCCAGGGCGAAUGCUGCUGAACCUGCACAAGACACUGCAAAUCCUGGGAAACCAUCCCCCAAGAAGCGCAAGGGCUUCCUUUCUUUCAGUUUCAGCUGGAACAAGUCGCGGAGCAAAGGGUCAAGUUCAAGCAGAAGGCGUGAUGCCGCCGCCACCAGCUCCAAGAACUGGAGGAAGACACUGCCUCCAUCUCCCACUACAAGCUCCUCUCAGCGCAACAGCAGGGGUGGUGGCAACGAGCACGCUCGCCGCUGGCUGCAUAGGAGAUCCAGCACAAGCAGGGGCGUCUCUGCUUCUCCACCAUCUGCUUCCCUUCGGUCCCAGCUGAUCGCCGUCCAGAUGCAGUCGGUUUGUCUGGAGGAUGUGGAGGAGUCCACCGCCUCGCUCUCGUCCAGGGAGAAGCGCAGGAAGAGCUUGCGGUAGUGACAGACGGCUUCGUCUGUCCACCAGCUCCACCCACCGGUGCCCGUUUCUUCUGUAGAAACCGCGGAAUCCAGUUGCCGGUGCUCCAGUAUUCUCAGUGCCAUGGAUGCUUUACAGUGUAAGGUUCGGCUGCAAUUGUGUACAGUCGCCGAGUGGCGCUAAGUUUCUUACCCUUACACAUAGAACAUAGUAUAAACAUAAUCAAAUCAAUGAUAGAGAUCCUGAACUUGGGAAA